GGGGUCAUUCAAUUAUCGGUAAGGUUAACACAUGGAGGACGGUUUUCCCUCAGUGUCAGCUAGCGGCCCUGUCGGCUCGAGAUUCAUUUCUCAAAACGACCUAGAGGAGGCGAAGGCCCGCAGAGACGAACAGUGGAAAGCAGCAUAUGCCAGGCUCGGACAGGUUCCUCCGCCACAGCCUGCGGAAGAUUCAUUCGAUGGUCGAAGUCUAGCAGAGAAAUUAGCCGCGAACAGGGCCGCGAAGCAGGAAGAAUGGGAGGAGAAGACGAAAUUAGCAAAUCAAUUUCGAGCACUAGAAGAGGACGAGAUCAUGUUUCUAGAUUCCAUCAGAGAAAAGCAGGCCGAAGAAGAACGCCUCCGGAAAGCACAGGACGGCGAGGAGCUUUCAGACUUCAGAAAAGCUGUUGCAGCUAGGGAAAAUGACCUCAACAAGCCUACGCAGCCUAUGGCACAACCACGGAAACAGAGUGAUGAUACUCCGGAGAAGCCUAAAGCUCCCGUGGUGACGUCCAAGAAAGAUGUCAAGAAAUCAUUGAAGGGUGUUGUAGUGAAGAAGAGACCCAAGUCUAAUGUUCCAACACCCAGCGAACGGAAGGCGAAGGAAUCUAUCAAGAACAUCGAUGAGGAUGCACCACCAGUCACAAAACGUCGCAAGAUAUCCGAAUCAUGACAUCCAUCGUAAUUCCAUCUCCCGACUUUCCUGUAGUUGUCAUUGUGGAUUUGUUCGUUGUAGCACCAUCUAAUUCAAGAACACGC